AUGGUACUACACCCCUUGGAACAAGACGCUAAGGAUGACCAAUCCAUCAAUUUAUCGAAGGUUGCAUCAGCACCAUCACCCUCCUCAGUCAAAUGGGCAACAGAAGAACAAGACAGGACGGCUUCGAGCUUGAGUGGAACAACGGCAGGUCGCAAACGCCAUCAUCGCCAUAAAAAGUCAUCGUCAUCCGUCAGCAAUGGCGAUCGCAUCAAGUCCAAGCGUACGGUGGGAGAUUACAACCUUACGACGACGUUGGGAUCGGGUGGUAUGGGCAAGGUCAAACUGGGUAUUCACCAACAACAACCCCAAAAGAAGCUGGCUGUCAAAAUCAUCCAGAGGAAACAUGACGACGAGUAUCGACAAGAGCGUACACUACGUGAGGCGAAUAUUUUAUAUCUACUGCAUCAUCCAUACAUUGUCAACCUUGAAGCACCUAUCAUUGUGGACACCAACUAUUACUAUCUCAUGAUGGAGUACGUGAGUGGUGGUCAGCUGCUCGAUUAUAUCAUAUCGCAUGGGAAACUCCGGGAAAAAGAUGCGAGACGUUUUGCACGACAAAUCAUAAGCGCUUUAGAUUACUGCCAUCGCAACUCCAUUGUUCAUCGAGAUCUCAAGAUCGAGAACAUCUUGGUAUCACGCACGGGCCAUGUUAAAAUCAUCGACUUUGGAUUAUCCAAUCUCUUCUCGCCAUGGUCACAAAUGUCUACAUUUUGUGGAUCACUUUAUUUCGCUGCUCCAGAGUUGUUGCAUGCCAAAUCUUAUACCGGGCCUGAAGUGGACGUGUGGAGCUUUGGUGUCGUACUUUAUGUCCUCGUAUGCGGCAAGGUGCCCUUUGAUGAUCAAAACACACAAACAUUGCAUGACAAGAUUAAACGUGGUGCAAUUGAAUAUCCCGCUCAUUUAACAUUGGAAUGCAAGAACCUAUUGGGAAAGGUGCUUGUGGUCAAUCCUAAUAACCGUGCUACUGUGUCUGAUAUCCUUGUGCACCCAUGGAUGGUUCGUGGAUACGAUGGACCGGUGGAUAACCAUAUACCGCAACGUUCACCAUUAUCGUUGCCAUUGGAUACCGAAGUGAUUCGACGCAUGACCGUGUUUGAUUUUGGCACAGAGGAAGAGAUCAACAGCAAGCUUGAGGAGAUUAUUACGUCUGAGGAAUUCCAGAAAGCCAUUCAACUUCGAUCACAACGCUCUUCUUUAUCUCAUAGUCGUAAUGGCAGCACAAGUAGCACAUCAUCAAGCACCGGAGGGGGUGGAUUCUUUUCAUUUGUCAAUGGUGGUGGCAACAGCUCGCCUACUUCACAUACAUUUACAGCAGCUCAGGAUGAUCCUCAAUCGAUCCCCAAUGCAUAUCAUCCUUUGGUAUCCAUUUAUUAUCUGGUCAAAGAAAAAAUGGAACGUGAGAGAGCAACGGGUGCCGAGCCUUCUACGCCUAUGCAUAUUCCGCCUAUGGACCUUUUGAACAAGAGACGAGGCAGCCUUCCAUUACCGGAUCCAAUUAAAACAUCCACAGGUCAUCAACAACAACAACCAGCUACUACUUUACGACAUAGACCACAACAGAAACGAGGCCACAAGAAAAGCUUCAGCUUAGCCACAGCCACUGCUGCCUUAUCAUUGACGAGUAAACCACCACAUCCAGUUGAGCAGCAACAACAACCCCAACCAUCACCUGUGACAACAAGGCGUGCAGGCCGAGGACAUCAAAAGGCUAAAUCGCAUGCAGGCCUUGAUUUUGCUUUGAAUGAUGAUAACAAGGAGAUAGAUAAUGAUAAUACGGCUGAUACAACAGCGCGCCAAAGUCAUCAUGGGCAUUCUCGCAAACUUAGUUCCAUCUUUAUGCGAUCCACCAACAGCAGCAAAACACAACAACAUUCAUCAUCGGAUGAUGGCUAUAAUAAUAGUUCUCAAGAUGUCAUUGGUGGUGGUGGACUUCUCAAAGGACUCUUCUCCAUGCGUACGACAUCCACAAAGCCGGUUGGUGUGAUUCGCAAUGAUCUCAUUCAGGUGCUCAAUAAUUUGCAUUUAAUGUGGGUUGAAACUGAAGCAGCUCGAUUAUUUGAAUGCAGUGAAGAAGAUGGUGUCCAAUUUGAGAUCAACAUUGUCAAAGUGCCUUGGUUGCUGGGUGUCCAUGGUCUUCAAUUUAGGCGUGUCAGCGGCAACUCUUGGCAAUACAAGAACCUGUGUAGUAGAAUCCUAAUGGACUUAAAGCUAUAA